UCUGUGAACAAUGGCAUCUACCAAAUCGUGACGAUUUAUCUUUCAAUAAUUCGGUUUCUCGUGAAGAAAAACAAAGCAGAACACAGAGAUGCCUACCACAGGAGGUAACGACGAAAGGACUGGAUCUCCUCGGGAUAGUGGUGACGAAAGUGAAGAUGAGAGAGAAAUCUUGGAAGAGAGUCCUUGUGGAAGAUGGCAGAAGAGGCGAGUGAAGGUGACCCAGAGAGAUGUACCAGGCAUUGAUGUAGCCUACCUAGCCAUGGAUAUGGAAGAAGGCAGGGAGGUAGUUUGGAAUGAGGUCCAAUUCUCAGCCAGGAGAGAUUUCAAAGCACAAGAGGACAAAAUUCAAGUUGUUUUUGAUAAUCUGAUUCAACUGGAACAUCCAAACAUUGUCAAGUUUUACAAGUACUGGACGGACACCAAGUCAGACAGAGAUAAGCCCAGAGUCAUCUUUAUCACAGAGUACAUGUCAUCAGGCUCCCUCAAACAAUUUCUGAAGAAGAUUAAAAAGGACAAGAGAAAUAUACAGGAGAAAUCUUGGAGAAGAUGGUGCACACAAAUCUUAUCAGCUUUAAGUUACUUGCAUUCCUGUGACCCGCCUAUCAUCCAUGGCAACCUCACAACCGAUACAGUCUUCAUCCAACACAACGGCCUCAUCAAGAUUGGAUCAGUGGCCCCCGAUGCAAUAAACAAUCAUGUAAAAACAUACACAGAGGAGCAGAGAAACAUGCACUACAUUGCACCAGAAUAUGGAGAUGGCAAUGUGUCGGUGGCUGCUGACAUCUAUGCAUUUGGAAUAUGUGCCCUGGAAAUGGCCGUCUUAGAGAUACAAGGGAAUGGAGACUCCAGACAUAUAUCAAGGCAAGCCAUCUUGACUGCUGUCAAUCAGGUCGAUGACAUUGCUCAAAAGAAUUUUCUCAAGCGUUGCCUUGACGAUGUGCAGAGUAGACCAACAGCCAGAGAUCUCCUCCUUCACCCAGUUCUCUUUGAAGUUCACUCACUCAAACUUCUAGCAGCUCAUAGCUUUGCCAAAAAUGAAAGUUUUCUACAAGAACACUUAUCAGACAAAGAACAGAACAAAGUGCAGAAGGAUGAUGUAAUAGCUACUAUUAAACUCCAAGGCCAAGCUGAAGAAGUGCAAUGGAGGGUAGCUCAGGUGCCUGCCUUGGAGCUGGAGAAGUUCUUAGAAGAAGUCAGGAAUGGUAUCCAUCCAUUGACGGCCUUUGCCAUGAAGAGGUCAUACCCGGUCAAGAUACGACCUCAGAGUCCUGAGACCCAGGAAUCGGUCAAGAGCGCUACACCAGAACCCAUUGACAUGGAGAAUAGGAAGAUUACUAUGAUGCAGUGCGACAUCAAACAAGGCAAAGAGGGAGAGGAAACACAGACUAAUCUACAUUUGGAGUUAUUAUUGAGGCUGGAUGAUACAAUGAACAGACAUCUUAGCUGUGAGAUUACUGCAGAGGAGAGCCCAAGGGUACUUGCCAAUGAACUUGUCCAAUAUGGCUUCAUUAGUGAUUUUGACAAAGACAGAGUGGCUGGCAUCAUCGAAGAGAAGGUGAACAUUGUGGUACAGAGUGUGGUCCCUGCCAUAGCAACGUAGUAUACACCCACCCACCUGAACCUUCUCAUCAUCGCCACGCAAGCUCUCUCAAUCGCCACCUGACCACGCCCGCUCAUCACCACCUCACAAUGCCCGCUCAUCGCUACCUGACCACACCCCCGGCCAAAUCUAGCUUCAUCAAAGUUUCAUUCCUUCCUGGUUGUCACUAUGGAGUGACCCAUGUGGUGUCUUCAGUUCUACACCACUGUGCCAUUAUAUGAGUUUUCAACCAGUGCGCAUUCAAUAUAAAGGAGUGCGAUUAUGUAUAAUAUAUGUUUUGUAUGGGACUCAAAGGUUUCUAUUUUGUGGCAUGUCCUAGCGUUCUGAGUAAUCUCUAUUUCUGACUUGGCUUGGUGCAGAUAUUUAUGAAGCCUUUAUGACAGAUGUUCAUAAAAUGAUUUGGGUUGGAGGACAUGUUGAAUUGGUUGUGGUGAUACAUGUUGCAUCACAGAGACAAACUACUAUCCAAGAUAGAGGACAACCAAACAAGAUUAUCUACAUCUUCUCUUAGUGUUACCGUUCAUCAUGGGUAAUCACCAUUGGCCCCUCAAGAUAAAGGACAACCAAACAAGAGAUCAUCUACAUCUUCUCUUAGUGUUACCGUUCAUCAUGGGUAAUCACCAUUGGCCCUACAAGAUAAAGGACAACCAAACAAGAGAUUAUCUACAUCUUCUCUUAGUGUUACCGUUCAUCAUGGGUAAUCACCAUUGGCCCUACAAGUUAAAGGACAACCAAACAAGAGAUUAUCAACAUCUUCUCUUAGUGCAUACCAUUCAUCAUGGUU